UCUCACGGCCCUCUCCGCCCCAUUCCCAAGAAACCCUAACCCUAGAACCGCGAUCGCUCCCUCAUGCGCCGCGUGAUGCCCCGCCGCAGCCCCGCCUCGGCCCGCUCUUCCGACGAACGAUCGGCCGCGAUCGGAUUCGCGGAGAUGAACGCCCGAUCGUAGGCGAGCCCGAUUUGAUCCUUCCGCCUCGUCUUGGACCUCCGAUCAGGUGGUGAUUUGAUGCUGUUUGAUGCGGUUUGAUGUGGGACGUUUCCAUUUUAGAUCCGUUUCAUGGGGAUAAGAUGGAAAAGUGAUCGACAUGAUCUUGAAUUCUGUGUUCUUUCGUGAUAUCCUGAUGCCAAAAUUAGUAAAAAGAUGAGAAGAUUAUAAGUGAUCUCUAUGAACUCGAUGUGGGUGUGACUUGCAUGGGGGAGAGAGAAUGCCAGAGCUUCGAAGUGGGGCCCGACAAACCCGGCAGAAGCCCAAGAAAGACAACGAUCAGCAAGCUGAGAAUUUAAUAUUGCCAGCCACUAAUAGACCAGGAAGAAGGGGGAGAGGAAGAGGCACUAGGGCUGCAAAAGGGACUUCGGCAACACCAGCUAGGCAAAGGGUGGGCGGUAGAGGGAGGGGAGUUUCAGUAAUCGACUUAGAUCCUGAGCAGCCUGGUGAAGCACUUCCUGGAGGUCAAGAGUUGAGAGGAAAUAGAGAAGUUGAGGGCAUUGGUGGCAAAGAUUUGGUGAUGGAUGGUGGAAGUGCUGGGAAAAUUGUAGGAGCUGAGGAUGAAGGGACUGCAGCUCCUGUGCCUGAGAGGGUUCAAGUAGGUAAUUCUCCUGUAUAUAAGAUUGACAGAAAAUUGGGAAAAGGUGGUUUUGGUCAGGUUUAUGUUGGCAGAAGGGUAUCUGGUGGAACCGACCGCACAGGCCCAGAUGCUUUUGAGGUGGCACUAAAAUUUGAGCACCGAAAUAGUAAGGGUUGCAACUAUGGCCCACCAUAUGAGUGGCAAGUUUAUAACACUCUUAAUGGAUGCUAUGGAGUACCAUGGGUUCACUACAAGGGCCGUCAAGGAGACUACUACAUUCUGGUCAUGGACAUGCUAGGACCUAGCCUUUGGGAUGUUUGGAAUUCAGUCGGUCAAGCGAUGUCAGCAAAUAUGGUGGCCUGCAUUGCUGUGGAAGCCAUUUCAAUUCUUGAGAAACUUCACUCUAGGGGGUUUGUUCAUGGAGAUGUCAAACCUGAAAAUUUUUUACUUGGUCAGCCUGGAACUGCUGAUGAGAAAAAGCUUUAUUUAAUUGAUCUUGGUUUGGCAUCUAAAUGGAAGGAAGCAUCAUCGGGUCAACAUGUUGAAUAUGAUCAGAGGCCAGAUAUUUUUAGGGGUACAAUAAGGUAUGCAAGUGUGCAUGCCCAUUUAGGCCGGACAGGAAGUAGGAGGGAUGACUUGGAGUCACUGGCCUAUACGUUAAUAUUUCUCCUCAAAGGAAGAUUGCCCUGGCAAGGCUAUCAGGGAGAUAACAAAAGCUUUCUUGUAUGUAAGAAAAAAAUGGCUACUUCAGCAGAGCUUUUGUGCUGUUUCUGUCCACUUCCAUUCAAGCACUUUCUUGAGACUGUGACAAACAUGAAGUUUGAUGAAGAGCCAAACUAUGCCAAACUCAUUUCCCUUUUUGAUAGUUUAAUCGAACCAUGCACUUCUUCAAGACCUAUCAGAAUUGAUGGUGCUCUAAAGGUUGGACAGAAACGUGGAAGGUUGGCCGUAAACCUUGAAGAAGAUGAGCAACCCAAGAAGAAAGUUCGUUUAGGAAGCCCAGCUACACAAUGGAUUUCAGUUUACAAUGCUAGGCGACCUAUGAAGCAGAGAUACCACUAUAAUGUAGCAGAUGCUAGACUCCAGCAACAUAUACAGAAGGGCAAUGAAGAUGGCUUGUAUAUUAGUUCGGUGGCGUCAUCAACAAAUCUUUGGGCCCUCAUUAUGGAUGCAGGAACCGGUUUCUCUUCUCAAGUUUAUGAACUGUCGCCUGUAUUCCUGCACAAGGAUUGGAUUAUGGCAUACUGGGAAAAGAAUUAUUAUAUCAGUUCCAUAUCUGGUGGGACAAAUGGAAGUUCACUUGUGGUUAUGUCUAGAGGAACUUCGUACACCCAACAGUCAUAUAAAGUCAGCGAGUCAUUUCCCUAUAAGUGGAUUAACAAAAAGUGGAAGGAAGGUUUUCACGUAACAUCCAUGACUACUGCGGGUAAUCGUUGGGGGGUUGUUAUGUCACGGAAUUCCGGCUAUUCUGAUCAGGUAGUAGAGCUAGAUUUUCUUUAUCCUAGUGAGGGCAUUCAUCGCCGAUGGGAAAGUGGUUAUAGAAUCACAUCUACAGCAGCCACUCCUGAUCAAGCCGCUUUUAUUUUGAGUAUACCAAAGAGAAAAUUGAUGGAUGAGACACAAGAAACUCUGCGUACUUCAGCCUUUCCGAGCAACCAUGUGAAGGAAAAAUGGGCCAAGAAUCUUUAUAUUGCAUCAAUCUGCUACGGUCGAACUGUCUCUUGAAACUAGACGAGGCAGAAGAAGUAAUUCGACGCCGCAUUCAAUUUUGGAAACAUGAGGGUCCUGUUCAUCUAUCAACCAUCAUAUAUGUAAGUGCUAAGUUGCAUUUAAUAUUUUCCUAUAGAAUCGGCAUUUUUAAAGCAUUAAAAGAAUGGGGGGAAAGAGAAGAGGCAUAAAGGCCUCUUUAGUAAUCUGUUUAUCUGUAAAAGAAAGAAAUGCUGUAUUGAGGUCUGUAUACAUGCCAGAUUGUUUUAUUAUUUUGCUUCCCUUUUUUUUGGCAAUUGAAAGCUUAAAGUCAAGGCUUUCUCAAUUGCAUUAGUCACUUAAAUUAGCGCAAGUGGGAAAAUAAGUAUGCAAUUAUUUGGUGAU